GCUUUCUGUCAAAGUCUGUUCAUGUUGGUUGGCCGGAAAAGCCAUCGCGGUGAUAAAAAGCUGAUUGGUCAAGGUUUUACGCCUCGUAAUCUUCGAUUGGCUGCCGCCUUCCAUUGCUAUGGUUACUGUGGCCUGCUGGUCCUUUAGGAGCCUGUGAAGCAAAUGGAGCUUGAGGAGCAGGGCAACAAGGCUGUUGCGGCCGAGCUGUGUCAUACGCCCACAGCAGGAGACUUCAGUGUUUCAGAGGUACCCGAGCUGUUAAGAGCUUUGUGGGAGGAGCCUGAGCGACCCCGGAAAAACCUUGGAGGUCGCGUUAAAACUCAUCGACAGCACCGUCACAGGCUGUGUCCUCUGGGAAGAGACAACUAUGCUUUAAGGAAGCUAAGGGAAGCAGCCAAUGGAAACGAUUUGGAUACAGUACGACGAUUGCUAGAUGAGGGGGCAGAUCCAUGUGCAGCUGAUGACAAGGGACGGACAGCGCUUCACUUUGCAUCGUGCAAUGGAAAUGACCAAAUUGUAAGAUUACUUCUAGACCAGGGCGCUGAUCCAAAUCAAAGGGAUGGACUGGGGAACACACCAUUACAUUUGGCUGCCUGUACCAGCCAUGUUCCAGUAAUCACAACACUGCUGCAUGGCGGUGCCAGAGUGGAUGCUUUAGAUCGUGCAGGCCGCACCCCACUUCACUUGGCCAAAUCAAAGCUUAACAUCUUGCAGGAUGGAAAGUCACAGACAUUGGAAUCACUGCGACUAGAGGUGAAACAGAUCAUCCAGAUGUUGCGGGAGUACUUGGACAAGCUUGGGCAGCAGGAGCAAACAGAACAGUUGGACCAGAUCUGUUCUAGACUGCAGCGAACUAGCACCAAGGAACAGGUGGAUGAAGUAACAGAGCUGUUGGCUAGCUUCACAUCACUCAGCCUCCAGAUACAGAAAAUGGAGAACAGGUAGCCAGACCUCAUCCAAGAACUUUCAUGUCUUUCAAUGACAUGGACUUCACCAUUAACUACCUGGAAGAUGCAGUACCAACAUAUUGUGCAAGCUUUUUUUUUUUUUUUUUUUUUUUAACUGUUUAAUAUUAAAGGUACAAAGACUGAUGGUGCUUUAACCAUGUCUAAUCAGGUUUCAUUUUAGAAGCGCUUAUCCGAUGUCAAUAAAAUAAAUUUUAAAUUAAAUUUUAAUGAAAAAAGAACAAUGUUUAGUGGAUGGGAUUGCUACUGAAAAGAAACUGCAGUUUUGAAUAAGAUAUAGCUGCCUGCCUUUUACAAACUGGGUCUUUCUACUGUCCUAAAUCAAUCUCAAGCAAAAUGGUUUCCGGCCCCUGUAGUGUUAUAUAAUUCUGUAAUAAAAAAAUCCCUGCAAAACCUUUAGGCUAAUUUCACAAACAGAACAUGUCUGCAAACACCCAUAACUGUCUCCUGGGGCUCCCACUGAAUGCACAAAAGUGUAGAUGUGAGUGCUCCUGCUAACCCUUUAUUGUGUUUCCCAUAAAGCAAAGGGUGCUAGGGGACAGAUAUUGGAAAUGGGCUCCGUUGAGUAAGCGGAAAACCAAUCUCUAUACAAGGGGGUAUACAAAUAUGGGGAAAUUAUUGCAUAAGAUGAGAGCAUCUUUUUACUGUUUUUUUUUAUCUCUCCAAAGUGUAGAUCUAGGCUCAUGUCACACCAGAAAAAUGCUGAUGUGCUUCCUUCUGCCUUAUUGUGCAUGGUAUAGGCCUGUUCGUUCUCAGAUGGGGCAGAUUUAGGUGUAGAAAUAUGGGGGGGAAAAGUAUGCAUUUCACCUGAAAUCCAACACUUAUGUAGGUGUAGAUCUGCCCACAUAGACAUUCCUAUGUGAUAUGAGCUUGUGUGUGGUAGUAUUGUACCUUUGCCAUUACAUUCAAUAUACUGAAAAUUUUUUUCACGAAUUCCAAACAUCACAUUUACAGUUUUGCUUUUAUGUUUUAUGCCUUGUGUAUUGUAAGCUCAUCGCAAUCUCAUUUCUGUGAGAAAAUCCUUUUGUUUAGGGUUAGCAAUGCCAUUUUGAUCCCCAACAAUAGGGUUCAAGGUAAAGUUAUAUUGGUUAAACUGUCACUGUAAAAAGCAACAUUCUUUUUUUUUUAAAACAGAAAAAAACAUAUUUAUUUAAUGGUGCAAAAAUAUCAUUGAAUGUAAAGUCAUUCCCUGUUCAUCCCUCCUUCCUGCCUAUCUGAUUGGGCAUUCUCAUGCAGCAGUGUAUCAUUUGCUAAAAUACCUUGUACCCUUCACCUGUUCUGUUGUUUGUGCUUCCCUGUCCAGUUACAGAUUUGUGUGUGUUUUAAACCCUGUUGUGUUAUGUGCCUUUUAUAUUAUGCAUGUAGUGCUAAUAUAUACAUUUUAAUGUUCACUUGGUUUCAAAAAUCCUUUGUUUCAAGUGUCAUUUAAAGUUAAAAAUGACUGACAUUGUUGGUUUUUUUUGUCCGAAGUCACAAAUAAUACUCUUAUCAAAGGAAUUGUUCAGUGUAAAAAUAAAAACUGGCUUAAUAGGCUGUGCACAAUAACAAUCAGUCACUUGACGGAGGGGAGAGAUAUGGGUCAUAACUGUUUAUAAGGAUAAAGCAAACUCGCUGAGCAGUUAUGUCCCAUGUGCCCCCCCCCCUUCCUUUCAAGUCACUGACUAACUAGUUAGAGAGACUGGUAACCAAUCAGAAAGCUGCAAAGCAGGAAGUUGGGUUCUGGCUAUUCUGUUAGACAUCCAGUCACUCUAGCCUAUAUAUUUACCCAGUUUUUAUUUUAACACUGAACUGUUCCUUUUAUGGAAAAGCUGAAAACACUACAUGCAUAAUAUACUUGUAACAGAUUGCUGUGCAAAUUAUCCCCUGUGAACGAAGGAUGCACCAAACCCUUUGAUUGGGAGUUGGCCGAAUCCCAAACUGAAUCUGAACCCUCGGCGCAGACAGAAAUUGUGUAGCAAAUCUUUCCCAUUUUAUAUGGUUCGGAUUCCGUUUAGCCAGUCUCUUGGAUUCAGCCAAGUCCUGCUAAAAAAAGCUCUGAUUCGGCAGAAUCCUGAACUGAAUCCUACAUUCGGUGCAUCCCUAUAGCGGACACCAUUUCUCAGAAGUUGAAGCAGCUUUUAUGGCCUGCUUCUAUAUGAAACCAUUCAGAAAUCCAGUGAAAGUGGGGGUAACACACAAUUGCUUGCAAGUGACAAGGGUAAUUUUGUCUACAGUGACAUUUGCCCACACACAUCUGCAUAUCUCAUAUUAAUGUACACAGUAUUUUUUUAAAUAAAAAAAUUAAAAACCA